GGUGGGCCAGCAACCAGGCACUCGGCAAUGCGUCUCUGUGAAGCCCCAUGCGGCCUGUUGGGCUGCUCCAUGCUCCUUUACCAGCCCAGCAAAGCACCGAACAGCAGAAGCCCAUUUCGGUCGUCCCAUUUCCCAAAUCAUUCGCCUCCCCCAAAUCCGGCGAGCCAAAACGGCAAAACCCCACCUAAAACCUCGCCAGCCCCCGCCACCACCGGCGACGGCGACCAUGCGCCGUCACCUCGACCUGCUCCCCCGCCUCCUCCUCCUCCGCCGCCACGUCCACCGCCGCGCCAGGCCCGGGGCCUCGCCGCCGCCGCCCCCGCCGCCCAACCCGCCGCGCCCGCCGCAGAAGCCCGAGCCCGUCACCAUCCACGGGGAGACGUGGCACGACAGCUACGCCUGGAUGGGCUCGCUCUCCGACGCCGCCGCCAUGCGCCACAUGGACGUCCACAUGGAGGCCGAGGAGAAGUACGCCGAGGCCUGCCUCGCCGCCGCCGCCGCCGACCGCCUCGCCCGUAAGCUCCAGCUCGAGAUGGCCUCCCGCCUCGCCUCCGACGCCUGCACGCCGCCCACUCGCUGGGGCCCCUGGCUCUACUACCGCCGCGCGGACGAGGGCAAGCAGUACCCCGUGCUCUGCCGCCGCUCCGCCGCCCUCCAUGGGGAGUUCGUCUCCUACAGCGACCCCUCCGCGGGGUUCGACUUCACCGCUGGGAAGCGCAUCGAACAGAAAUUGGUGGAUUACAACAAGGAGGCCGAGCGAUUUGGAGGAUACUCAUAUGAGGAGCUAUCUGAAGUUUCUCCAGAUCACCGCUUCAUUGCGUACACCAUGUAUGACAAAGAUAAGGAUUCUUUCACUUUAAUGGUCAGGGAUCUGGUGACGGGCACACUAUGCGAUAAACCUCGUGCUGAUCGGGUCUCAAAUAUUUCAUGGGCUAUGGACGGGAAAGCACUAGUUUAUAUUGUUACAAAUGAGGACAGAAGGCCAUAUAGGCUGUUUUGCAGCAUUAUUGGAUCAAACAAGGAUGAUAUUCUUAUAUUGGAAGAACCUGAUGAGAAUAUUUAUUUGAAUAUCAGACAUACCAAGGAUUUUCGGUUUAUAACGUUAAAUGUCUUUUCUGACACACACUCAAAGGUAUAUUUAAUAAGGGCUUCUGACCCCUUGUCCAGAAUGACACUGGUAUGGGAAGGUGAAUCCCAAGUUCAUUGCAUUGUGGAGCAUCAUCAUGGACGCCUGUAUUUAUUCACCGAUGCUGCAAGAGAAGGUGUCUGUGUUAAUUCACAUUACCUAAUGCAGUGUGAUGUGGAAUCUCCUGGGCCAAAGAGUUGGAAGAAUGUCUUCCUUGAGGAACCAGGUAUUAUUCUUGAAGAUGUUGACUUUUGCAAUACUCAUAUGGUGCUUAUUCUGAGACAAGGCAGAAAACUCACACUUUGUUCAGUUAAUCUGCCUCUACCUGAAAAUAUCCAAGUACCUGCUCAUCUAUCAGAUUUUCACCCACUUGACUUGCCUCUUCCCGAUCAUGUGUGUCAGAUUUUAUCUGGCCCAAAUUAUGAUUACUAUUCCUCAACAAUGCGUUUCACAAUAUCAUCACCUGUGAUGCCAGAUGCAGUUGUUGAUUACAACUUACUAAAUGGAAAGUGGCAAAUAGUGCAACAGCAAAACAUGCUUCAUGAGAGAACAAAGGUACUGUAUGGGAAUGCUUUUGCUUCUAGUGCGGGCAAGCUGUCUUCAGAUGGAGCUGAUUUGUCAAGUGAAGAUUUGGGAGAUUGUGACUGGAAUGAGCUCUCUGAAUACUAUGCAUGUGAGUACUAUGAUGUUCCAUCGAAAGACGGAGUUUUGGUUCCACUCACCUUGGUAUAUUCAAGAAAGCACAAGCAAGAGGGGAAUCCAGGAUUGCUUCAUGGGCAUGGUGCCUAUGGUGAGAUUCUGGAUAAGCGUUGGCGUAGUGAGUUAAAGAGCCUACUCGAUCGUGGUUGGGUGAUUGCAUAUGCUGAUGUUAGGGGCGGUGGAGGUUAUGGCAAGGAGUGGCACCGGGAUGGUGCACGUACCAAAAAGAUGAAUUCUAUAUAUGAUUUUGUCUCUUGUGGUGAAUUUCUUCUUGAAAAAGGUAUCAUACAAGAAAAUAAGCUUGCUGGAUGGGGAUACAGUGCUGGAGGACUUCUGGUGGCUUCGGCAAUCAAUACUCGUCCAGAUUUGUUCCGUGCCGCUGUUUUAAAGGUCCCUUUCUUGGAUGUUUGCAACACUCUGCUCCAUCCUAUUCUACCUCUUACAGCCAUUGAUUAUGAAGAGUUUGGGUUUCCUGUAGACCAUGAAGAAUUCCUUUCAAUCAAGAAGUAUUCUCCCUAUGAUAAUAUCCAGAAGGAUGUCCCUUACCCAGCUGUGUUUGUGACAUCAUCAUUUAAUACAAGGUUUGGUGUAUGGGAAGCAGCUAAAUGGGUUGCAAAAGUCCGUGAACUUACUCAAUAUGAUCCAGAGCGGCCUGUAAUUCUUAACUUGACAACAGAUGUUGUGGAAGAAAGCAAGUAUUUGGAAACCAAGGAAUUAGCAACGGAGACUGCUUUCCUAAUUAAAAUGGUGAACAAUACCUGAACAACAUCCUUUGCCUUUCGGCUUCCGAAAUUGUUUCUCAAACUCAAUGAUGCGGCCCAUGUGGGACAUGUGCUAUGUCGCCAGUCCUCCAUGUUUAACGAGAUCUGAGGAUUAGUCCAUCGAUUGGAGCUUAUAUGAGAUGUUCUAGGAAAAUCAUAUGCACAUAUUCCUACAUUAUAUGAGAUAGCUGCCCACUCGAGCUAUCUUAAAUGGCCUGAUCUCUUGCCACCACCGACCUGGUCUGCCACGGUUCUACCAAUUGUAUGAUGUUAUAAUUGGAUCAUCUCAGUUGAACCAUAUCAGCGAAACAAGCUCGAUGACAAAUGUCCAUAUAUUUGUACAGUACCAUUCAGAACUGGAAAAAGAAAGCUGGAGUUCAGGAGUUGUAAUGUGAACGAAGUCUCUUUGAUUUUUAUUUUCUGUCAAUCAGUAUAUUACCUUCUGAUAAGAUCAAUGCCCAACACGGCGUGCAGUCGCGUGUAGCAUCAUUGUCACUAUUACCUUGGGAGAGUUACCAGCGGCAACGGGAGAUGUUGUGGUUCCCCCUUUUAUUUCAAAUUUGAUAAAAUUGAAAUGGCUGUAUAGAACCAACUGGAUGUCCUAUCCUUUCUUAA